UGUCGGAAACAGCUACGCUCGUCAGGGUCUCUGAGAAAUCGACAGGGCCUCAGUUCGUAUGGUUGGAGGCAACUCAUCAACCUGGCUUGCCCGGCAACCGAGGCCGAAACAAGAGUUCCAGAGUUACUUCGUACUCCCGCGAAGGUCGAUGGCUAAUAUGUAUUCUGUACUUUGGAUUGCAUUCCUCACCAUCGGCAACUUGCCGCCCAAAAGGGGCCGGCGAAGAAAGCCCGAGUGGGGUCAAUUGCCCGUCAGUGCCCGUGUCCAUGCCCGCUCGGACCGCCCGCCAGCGCUGGCAUUCCCCAUCAGUUUGGUUGCCAAUUGCGUUGCCAGUGUUGAAUUGCAUUUCAGUUCCCGCUCUAUCCUGCAUGACAUCAAUCCACAACUCUCCCGGCAGGCACAGCGGCGAUGCGGUUUGGGAGGCAGCGGCGCGGCACGGCACGCACAAGAGAGAUCCUGCGAACCUGUAACUCCAUACUUCCAUGGCGCAAGGAGCUCCUCUGCUACUUGGAGAUGGGAAAAAGUGGGCACGUGGGGUCGAUUCGAGAAGAAAGGAGCUGGCGGUGCCGUUUCAAUGCUGGCUGUUUCGAAACACCAAGGAGGGGGUCAAGGGGCCGGUCAGAGUGUUUGCGGGUGGCGGGGAGGGGCAACCAAAGCGGGAACACUGCCGGGGCCCGGCAUCUGGAACAAUUGCCGAUGCUGCGCUGCGUUGCGCUGCACGGCUCGAGCACCGGUCCGCCAUCCUUGCUCUCGCCUCCCCUCGUCUCGUCUCGGGUUAAGAAGGCAAGGAAACGGGCCAGGGCCGAGUCGCAUCACGGCUCCCGGACUCCCUGCCUCCCUGACUCGGGGAAAGCCAAUGGCCUGUCGUCGUGAAUUUCACCCGAGGCUGGCCUGAGGGCGUCAACUUUAACAAGAGACCCUUAAAGACGUCCUUAUUGUAGAGCACGUGCAACAUUGUGUGUACAUACGUCUUAACCACCAGCGCUCCGAUACCAAUU